AUUAAUCAUCAUCAUCACGUUCCAGCCCGCUCCCGACGCCCACGGAGGUGAUCCUCCGUCUCCGCCUGGGGGUCUGCAUCCCGCGCGCGUGCCCGCUGCGGCAGGCGCUCGCGCCGCUGGACUCCGCCCUGGUCUCGCUCAACUACCAGGAGUACAGCUGCCGGCUGCCCAACGACCGCCCGUAUGCUGCUGCCGACUAUGUUGCCUUCGUGAUCUUCCCGCUCAUUGGCCUCGUCACGCUACUGAGCACGGCCUACGAAGUGCGCCAUGUCGUCCUGUUGAAGGGAGACCCCAAAUCCCUGAGCCCGCUCUACACGAGUUUCUCCGUGUACUCCAACACGCGCAAGCUGCUCACGUUCAGGGACGUGCCCGGCGCCAUCACGUGUCUGGACGGCAUCCGCUCGCUGUCCAUCACGUGGGUCGUCAUUGGACACACCUUUCUCAGCAUGCUGCUGGGCGCGCUCACUAAUCUACAGGAUGCUUUGGAGUUCGCGCAGGACGCGCGCGGGCUGUGGAUGUCGUCCGCCAACAUCUGCGUGGACACCUUCUUCAUGAUGUCGGGCCUGCUGCUCGUCUACACCAGCAUACACAAGAUGACGCAAGCGAGCCUAAUAAAGAACCUGCACAUGUACUACCUGAACCGCUACCUGCGCAUGCUGCCCAUCCUGGCGGCGGCCGUGCUGCUGCAGGCGUCGUGGAUGCUGCGCGCGCUGGACGGCGCCAACUGGCAGCUGGAGGGGCUGCAGGUGCAGACUUGCCGCCGGUUCUGGUGGGCCGCGCUGCUGCACAUACAGAACUGGUAUAAUCCGCAGCAGGAGUGCCUCCCGCACACGUGGUACCUGGCCGUGGACUUCCAGCUGCACAUCCUGUCUCCGCUGGUGCUGUUCUGGCUGCUGUCGGGCCGCCGCACGGGCUGGGCCAGCCUGGCCGGCGCGCUGCUGGCCUCCGUCGCCGGCACCGCCAUCUAUGUGUUCCUUAGCAACUUCAACGGCACCAUGUUUGGGGAUCCCACGUUCCGGUUCUUCCGCUGGUACUACGUGAACACGCUGACGCGCUCGCCCGUGUUCAUCGUGGGCAUGAUCUACGGGUACCUCAUGCACGGCUUCAAGGGGAAGAAGCUUCAACUACCCAAGACAUUCGUGGCGGUCUGCUGGCUGGCGUCGCUGACGCUGAUGUCGUGCGUGAUCUACGUGUACCUGCCGGUGAGCAAGCUGAACAACACCAACCAGCUGCUCAACAACUUCUCCAACUCGUUCAAGAGGACCAUCUGGAGCGUCGCCGUGGGCUGGCUGAUCUUCGCCUGCGCGCACGGAUAUGGAGGUCCCAUCAACUGGUUCCUCUCCCUGACGGUGUGGAAGUUCAUCGCCCGCAUAUCGUACGCGAUGUACAUCCUGCACUACCCGAUGCAGUUCCUCAAGGCCUCCACCAUCGUGGCGCCGCAGCACUUCAGCGUCUACCACCUGUGGGUAAACUUCACGUAUGACUUCUCGAUCACGGUGCUGAGCUCCACCGUCAUGUGCAUCGUCAUCGACUCGCCCUUCUCCACGCUGCAGCGGCUGUGGCUCGCCUCGGGAUCGAAAAAGAAGAGGCCAGCACCAGAAGUGAAGCCUGUCGAAACCAAAGUUCCAGAUUUGAUUGAACCCGGGACCAUUGCGCCUGGGAGCCCGCUCUCUAACCACGAAGUCGAGGCCAAGACACAACUGUAACAAUAUAUCAGGGUAAACGAGUAGAUGAAGAUUUACUUAUUAGUUGAGAUAUUGUUAGUUGACACAAAGUUCAAGUGAAUGUUGCGAUGCCUAGUGCAGCAUCUUUCAGAAUGCUAGAGCGACCCUUGUGUACCGGUGAACAGUGGGCCUUAUCCCCUCGACUCACACUUACACACGGUGUUGUAAACGACUAAUUUAUAACAACUUUUUCCAACAAAGUUGGGAAAAGCGAAAAAUGUUCAAUUUCCUGCACAUAAAUGUCACUUUGCAGAGAACUUGCAGCAAAGCGCAAACUUGGGCGAAUAUUGAAAAGUCGUAUAACAAAGUUGUUGUUAACUUUUGUCUUACUAUUACAGUUUUAGUCACGUACGUCGUUAUUGAAGACAUACGUCUGAUACACAGAAUCAAAAA